AUGCGCAACUUACGGAACGUUCGUCUCUUGGAGACGCCAAUCCAGAGUGACCUUCCACUCACUGCCACGGCAUGGGAUGUUUCCUCGGAUGCGAUUGUGUGCACCUUCGGGCCUGCUGAGGGCAAUGCAAUCAUCGAGCUGCGAAGGAAGCGUCCUGAGCAGUGCUCCACGGAGCCUCUCACUCCCGACGCAUUCGAGUGUAUCGCUUCCUGGGAUGCGCCAUGCCCCUUACCAGACAUGGCGUGCGACCGAGUUCUCUCCUUGCACUACUUUGCAGACAAUCUGACGACCUGCCUGGUGAUGGAGGGAGGUGAUAUUAUCCUUGUCCGUGAGGAGCCUCUGCCCGGCGAAGAUAAAAUUGAAAUUUUGGGCUCAGUCGACGUGGGGAUCACUGCGGCGGCAUGGUCGCCCGACGAAGAGCUGCUGGCAAUCACCACGCGCGCUCGUACCUUCUUGUACAUGACUCGCGAGUUCGAGAAUGUGGCCGAGAUUACUUUCACAGGUGAGGACUUGCAAGCCUCGCAGCAUGUGUCUGUUGGAUGGGGCAAGAGAGAAACUCAGUUCCAGGGAAAGAGAGCAAAAGCCCUCCGCGACCCGACCGUGCCUGAGAAGGUCGAUGAAGGGAAAUUGAGCAGCUACGACGACGCCGGUACUACGAUCAGCUGGCGCGGAGAUGGUGCCUAUGUUGCCGUGAACAGCAUCGAGGCGGGAACCCGCCGAGCGAUUCGCGUGUAUUCCAGAGAAGGCACCCUGGACAGCGUGAGCGAGCCUGUUGACGGAUUGGAAGCUGCUCUGAGCUGGCGGCCGUAUGGAAACCUUAUUGCCGGUAUCCAGCGUCUAGACGGCCGGAUUGACGUGGUCUUCUUUGAGCGCAAUGGACUCCGCCACGGCCAAUUCUCUCUUCGAUUGAACGACGCUGAGCGGCAAUCCUGGGCUUCGCAGAUUCAUCUGGCUUGGAACGUCGACUCCACGGUGCUCGCAGUUUGCUUCAAAGACCGCGUGCAACUCUGGACUAUGGGAAACUACCACUACUAUUUGAAGCAAGAGAUUCCGGUAGUCAUCGACCCUGCCUGUCAGAACCCCUUCUCCUUUGAAUGGCAUCAAGAAAAGGCGUUGCGAUUUGUUGUUGGGUCCUCAAUCUCGAUCUUGGACUUGGACUAUGUCUUCGAUAUCAACCAUGGGUCUACGGCAAUUCCAGAUGACGUUGGGGCUGUCGCUGUCGUCGAUGGACGGAUAUUGAAGUUGACUCCUCUAAGACUGGCGGGUGUUCCACCCCCUAUGGCACACAACGAGCUGGCACUCAACUCCAAUGUCAUUGAUGUGGCAUUCAGCAAGUCUGGUUCCAGAAUUGCUGUCCUUAUGCAGGACCGUUUCUCGGUGUUCCUGUGGUCUUUGAAGAGCCGCCCAAUUCCCGUUCCUAUCAUGGAGUCAAGCUAUCCGCUGUCCGAUGCCCUGCAGAGUCGACCGAGACAAAUUGCUUUUUUGAACGAAAAUGAAGUAUAUUUGCUUAGAGACAGCAGUCCGAACACCAGUCAUAUUGAGCGAACAGCUUUGGAAACUCGCUCAACCCAGACUGUGUACCAAGCCGCGGAUACCUCGCAGCUAUUUUCUAUUUUCCCUGGUAUUGGACACCAAGCUCUGUGGUUCUCUCACGCACCCCAGAUUACACGUCCCGCGAGCUACUCCUGCGUCAAUCCAUCAGCGGCAGAUGGGUUUGAGAUUUCUUCUUGGUCCGAGGGCCCAAAUGUUGAUACCCAUUGGGCUCGCGCAGUUUCAAUUUCCGAGGACGAGCAAAUCCUGGUGACGAUGACAAGGACCGGCGUGUUGUGUGCGAACAAACGUGUACUUGCAAAGAAUUGCACGUCCUUCCUUCUCACUCCGGCUCAUCUCUUGUUCACAACUUCCCAGCACCUUCUGAAGUUUGUUCAUCUAAACCGCGUGGACGACAUGGAGGUUCCAGGAGACACACCAGAGACGGAUGAGCGCUGCCGAAGCAUUGAGAGAGGCUCAAAGUUGGUGUCAGUGAUGCCUUCCAUCUUUGCUGUUGUGCUGCAAGCUCCUCGAGGCAAUAUCGAGACCAUCUUCCCACGCGCGUUGGUUCUGGCGGGAAUCCGCACAUUUAUCGACCAGAAGCAUUACCGGGCUGCGUUCCUUGCAUGCCGCAGCCAGAUGGUGGAUAUGAAUAUUCUCUACGACUACGCUCCCCAGCAGUUCAUGGAGAACGUCCAGCUAUUCAUAGAGCAAGUCAAAAAAGUUGACUUCAUUGAUGACUUUCUUUCUCGGUUGAAGGAGGAGGAUGUUUCACAGACUCUCUACAAAGACACACUCAAAAUCUCGAAAAACGAGUCCGCUGCUGCUGGUGCCCAACCGGACGACUCUACAUCACCCGCUCUGUCUAUGCCUACCAGUAAAGGGAGUAAGGUCAACCGCAUCUGCGAUGCUUUCUUGGCUACUCUUCAAAAUCGUGUGGAUACCAAUUUACACAAUUUGAUAACGGCCCAUGUUUGCAAGUCACCACCAGAUUUGGAAGCUGGUUUGAGGCUUGUUGCUCGUCUCAGAGAACACAACAAUGAACAAGCGGAGGAUGCUAUUGAGCACAUGGUCUUCUUGACCGAUGCCAAUCGUCUAUACUCGCAUGCGUUGGGUCUGUAUGAUCUGGAGCUCACGCUAUUGGUUGCGCAACAGGCUCAGAUGGAUCCUCGAGAGUACUUACCGUUUCUCCGUAAGCUGCAGCAGUUACCAGAGCUGCAACGUCAAUUUGAGAUUGAUAACCAUCUCUCCCGAUUUGCAAAGGCUUUGAAACAUCUGCAUGCUCUCAAUUCCCACGAAAUGAUCAAGCCCUAUAUUAUCAAGCACGUUUUGUACAAAGAGGCUCUUGAUAUCUUCAAGUACGAGCCUGAACAGCAACGAGAGAUCACAUUGAUCUACGGCGAAUAUCUCCAAGAUCAGUCCAAGUACAAAGACGCAGCGAUCGCCUACGAAUCUCUUGAGCGCUACGAUGAAGCUUACAAAUGCUACAAGCUGGCGCAUAUGUGGCGCGAGUCCCUCUACUGUGCCAUGAUGGUUCCUCUCCCUCCAGAUGAAUUGACAGCACACAUGAACGAAUUGGCCACAACCCUCGUUGAUGAGAGCCGAGACUACGUCUCAGCAGCCACAAUCCACGCCGAGCAUCUCCACGACAUCCUCACGGCAUCCCGACUUCUGUGCCGCGGCUCCAAGUUUGCCGAUGCCGCCCGUCUGCUCACACUCCACGGCAAAAAGACCCAGGUCACAGAGAUAGUGGACACGGGGCUUGCCGAAGCAAUGGGUGCCAUGACAGACCUAUUGGCCGACUGCAAGUCCCAACUCAACGCCCAAGUCCCGCGCGUUCGCGAGCUCCGCGAACGCCGUGCUGCAGACCCACUUGCUUUCUUCGGCGGUGAUCCUACUCUCGGCGACGGCGGAGCAGAUAUCCCCGACAAUGUCUCGCUAGCUCCAACCGAAGCAUCUACACUAGCCGGCCGCACCAUGUUCACCCGCUACACGGGUAAGACAACCUCGUCCCGCCAGACCUCGAAGACCCGCCGGCGCGAGGAGCGCAAGCGUGCACGCGGAAAGAAGGGAACCGUCUAUGAAGAGGAGUAUCUUGUUAAUAGUAUUCGACGUCUCAUUGAGCGCAUCAAUUCUGCCGUGUCGGAGGCAGAGAAUCUGGUUGACGCGUUGCUGCGGCGUGGAAUGCGCGAGCGUGCUGCUGCCAUCGAGAAGGCGUUGGAAGAGGUCUUGACUAUGUGCGCUGCUUCUCGGGACGAGGUAUUUGAGGUCCCAGUGUUUACUGUACAGGGCGAGGAGCAAGACGACAACAACCCCAACCCCGAUGAAACUCUGCCGCUGCAUGGCGGUGCUGCCGUUCUCGCAGAGAGCUUUGCUUCGAUCACUGGCAUUGGCGAGAAGAAGAAAGAGGCCCCUGUUGUCAAGGAAAUGAGAAAGUCUUCCUUGCUUGUUUGA